AUGUGGAGGAGCUUGGAAGCAGCCUGGGAGCAGGACGAGUCUGAGGGCCUUCACGCCCGAUGUCCCUCAACCUGCAAACUGCAAUCCCUGAAGCCUCCCUGCGGAGCUUGCAGAGAGUACGUGGAGCACCUCCUCUGCCUCCUUCACGACGACGUCCACAGCUGCAAGCAGUACCUGGACGACUCAGACGCGUCUCGGUCCUCGACGCUGGAGCGCAGAUCGGAGGAGUCGGUGGGGAUCCGAGAUUUCCGGCAGCUGGUAGAGGAACUUCGAAUGAGGGCACAGGAGAGCUCGCUGGUGUGCAGGAGGCUCGGGGAAGAGAACGAGGCGCUUCAGAGCAUCGUGUUGAUGGAGAAGAGUGCGAGGGAGGAGGCGCUGCUGGAGUUUGUUCGGGCGCACGAGGAGCUUGCGAGGGAGAGCAAGAGGAGGAGCGACGCUGAGCUGGAGCUGAUGGAGGUCAAGAGCGAGCUUGCGGCUCUGCGGCGGGAGCAAGAGGAGCAGUCGAGAGAGUUGGAAGGGAUGAAGCGACAGGUAGAGCAAGGAGAGGAGAGCAUGAGGGCUUGGCAAAGCAAGGUGGCAAUGGCGAUGAUGGAUAUGGCGGAGGAGCUGGAGGCGAUUAAGAAGGACCAUGAAGAAGAAGUGGGAGAGGCGAGGAGGCGGCUGGAGGAGCUGGAGGGUGUGGUGGAAGAGGAAGCUGAGCAGUCCCGCCGCCUUCAGGGCCAGCUGGAGAUGCUGCUGGUCGAAAUGGUUGGGGACGUGGAAGCGCUGGAGAGUAUGGUGGAAGAGAUCGCAGCUGAGAAUGUGACGAGGAGGAGAGAGCAUGAACAGCUGGCGAGAAGGCAGGAGGAGAAGGUGGAGCAGGUGGAACGUCUUGAACGGUGUUUGGUGUGGUCUUGCGAGGAGUUGCAAGCGCUGCUGGCAGAGGCUCAGGGAGUAAGGGAGGAGAUCAGCCUCAUACAGGACGAUCGUGACCGCAACUGCCGUCGUGCGGAGGAGCUGGAGCGAGGCUGGAGCGAGAGUCAGCAGCUGGUGCGAGCGCAGGAGGAGGAAAAGGAGAGGCUGACUCGAGAGGUCGAGACGCUGAGGGGGAUAGUGGCAAAGAUGGACGAGAACUACGGCGACCUUUACGAGGCUGCAAACCGAAAGUUUGACGAGCACGAGGAGGAGAUGUCGGAGAUCUUCAGGAUCCUGCAGAGAAUGAACGGGAGCUGGGAAGGCACGAGAGGACUUUGA